AUGGGCCCAAAAGAGUCAAGACAUACACCAGUCCUUAUCCUCCACGGCGGCACCGGGAACAGCAACCAGAUGUAUCACCAAGCCAAUUUGCUGGCCAAAACGCGAAGGGUAAUAUUACAAGAUACUCGAGGUCAAGGACGUAGUCCAUACGCCAAUUUUACAGCCUUCCACUACGAUGAUUUCACUCUAGAUGCUAUCGCCCUACUCGACCAUCUACAUAUCCAGCGCGUUGCCGUCCUCGGCUGGAGCGACGGCGCGAUUACGGGUCUCGACCUGGCAAUGAACUACUCCUCGCGCAUAGACCGUGUAUUUGCUCAUGGCGCAAACCCACAAGCAAAUAUGAGUAUACCUGGUACAAAUGACCCGAUCAUCAACUCCAAAUCGGGAAGUUUGGAUUCAGACUUUUCCACAAACGGCACUACAUUCUCCACGAACCCGUCUCGUUUGCGCAGACGCGAUGAUUGUAACCCCUAUACCUGCGAGAGUCUCAGCCCCCUACCUUCUGGAUGUGCUGCCAUGAUGGAGGGUGUCAACAACAUGUGGAACACCGAGCCUAAUUGGGGCCCCGAGGCAAUGGCCAAGAUCAAGUGCCCUGUCUGGAUUGUCGAUGGAGAUCAUGAUACCGCUGUCGAAAGAAAUCAAGCGGAUGCCAUGGCUGCUUGGAUUCCUUAUGCUGGUCAAUUGAUUUUACCGCAGGUCGGUCAUGCGGCUCUCCUCGAAGACCCUGUCUUCUUCAACUUUGCGGUUCAGUACUUCAUGGACAUGGAAUUCGAGGGUACCAGUCCUGUAUACUGA